UGAAUUGAGUGGAGGUUAUUGGAGAAAAAGGGGCUCACACACACUGACAGCAUCGUAGCGGCAACAUCAUCAUCAUCAUCCAUUCUCAGCAAAACAAAACAAAUCACAUUUUUCUCACACAUCUUUCUUUAUAUAUAUAUAUAUCUCUCUCUCUCUCUCUCUCUCUCUCCGCGUGAGUGAGUGAGUGUGAGUAGAUUCAUUCAUACGCAGAUCUCAAUUCGCAGCGUUAGGGUUUUGAAGGGUUUUUCCAUUUCUUCAAUGGCUACGCCGUUUCCCAUUCCCCUCACUGCAGCUCAGGUUGGGACUUACUUCGUUGGCCAGUACUACCAUGUGCUUCAGAAUCAACCAGAGUUCGUUCACCAGUUCUACUCUGAUGCCAGCACCAUGCUCCGCAUCGAUGGCAGCGCCAGAGACACUGCCACCGCAAUGCUGCAAAUUCAUGCACUGGUUAUGUCACUUAGUUAUACUGGAAUUGAAAUCAAGACCGCACAAUCUCUGGAAUCUUGGAGUGGUGGUGUUCUUGUGAUGGUUUCCGGAUCUGUGCAAAUUAAGGACUACAACCAGAGGAGGAAAUUUAUGCAGACAUUCUUCCUUGCGCCCCAAGAAAAAGGUUUUUUUGUGCUUAAUGAUAUUUUUCACUUUGUUGAAGAGGAUCACUUUCCCCACCACCAAGCAGUCUUUUUAGCUCAGAGCAAUCUUGAUUCCAAACUGAAUGCUCCGAGUACAAUUAAUGAGCCAGUAUCCAACUAUCUGCUUGGGGAAGAUAUCCAGGCUCGGGAGUUUGCUGCUACAAAUGAGGUCAAAGAAAAUGGUGUAGUUGGUAAUUAUGGAUUUUCAGAGCAAGGAAUGCAGCGAGGCCCUGAUUCUGAACAUAUUAGGGAGGAUAAUGCUGUUGAAGAGUCAAUUGGUUUGCUUCAAUCCUCAGGGAAUCCAGUGCAAGACCAUGCACCUGCAUCUCCUGAGGAAUCUGCCGGGGAGCCACAAAAGCACACUUAUGCCUCCAUAUUACGGGUUGCGAAAGGACAAUCUACACCAUCUGCGGCUUCUCAGCCUUCUCAUAAGCAUGUGUCCUCUUCAGAAUGGGAUCCUGCUCCCCAGAGUAGCAGUCAGCAAACUACUGCUUCAGCAAAUGCAUUUGAAAGGUCUGAAACUGAGGGAGUGGAGGAGCUUCCUGCAACAGAAGAUGAAGAUGAAAUCAAAUCGGUUUACGUGAGAAAUUUGUCACCUACGGUGUCUCCUUCUGAAGUUGAAGAGGAAUUCAAGAAUUUUGGUAGAAUCAGACCUGAUGGUGUUGUCAUAAGAAGUCGUAAGGACGUUGGUGUUUGUUAUGCAUUUGUUGAAUUCGAAGAUAUGUCAGGAGUUCAUAAUGCAGUCCAGGCAGGAUCUGUUCAGAUUGCGGGAAGACAAGCAUACAUUGAAGAGCGGAGACCAAACAGUAACAUUCCUUCUCGAGGAGGAAGACGGGGUAGAGGCAGGGGAGGCUAUCAAUCAGAGGCACCAAGAGGUCGUUUUGGUUCUAGGAGCUAUGGCAGGGGAAGUGGCCAAGAUGGUGGUGAUCGUGAGUAUACCAAGUCGAGAGGAAAUGGUUUCUAUCGACCCAGUCCGCGCCAAGAGAGGGGAUAUUCAGGACAUCAAGUACCAAGAAAUGGUCAGAAUCUAGCUGAGUCGUGAAGCAAAAAAGAAAAACUAGCAAGCGUAUCCAUCCAGUUUUGGGUUCUUAUAUUUCAGCUCUAAAUAGUCAAUUUUCAAUAGAUUAGACCAAAUAUUGGAUAUAUUUAGUCUUAUAUUAAGAUGCUCAGGGAAUAUGAUGGUGAGAUUUUCGUUUCUGAUAAAUUUUGUUCAUGGGCUUCUGGUUUAUUUGUUACUCUAGGACUUAUAUGUUUGGAAAUUACAUGACACAUUUUUAGUCCCAAUGGGAAUUAAAAAAAUUUAGUUAAGCCUUUUCUUUAAA